UUUCCCCUGUCUCACUGUUGCCACAUCGUUUGCUGCUCCGCUGUCUGUAUGUCGGAAACCGUAUUAUGAACAAAAUACCAUCAACCUUUAGUGUGACUGUUCGGGGACAGAAUAUGAUAUUAUUUCCGUCUACAUUUCGGCAAAUGGUGGUUAUUUAAAAUUGACACGUUUUUAAACCGGAGUCGGGCGGUGGGAAAUGAUGUCCUGUGACUGUCAUGUCGGCGUCUUCACAGAAGAGCGAAUGAAACAUAAUCUGGAGCUCGAGAGUGAAGGACUAACCAUGCAUCUUUAUUUCCUUUGACGAGGACGAGCAUCUCGACAUCGAAAUCAAAACCGAAAUUUAUUUUUUAGCGAUAUAUCUAUUUAAAGAACGUUAGAAAGGGCAUAUAAAAUAGUUCAACUUUCAGAUUUAGUGUAUUGACUGGCAUUAAAGGCGUCAUCUUAUCUAUGAUUAAAAGUGACAUGAAAUUGUUAUAAUUUCUAAUUAUAUUUUUGAAUAUAGAUACUUUGCGUUAUUUUUUAAUGUCUUAUUUUCCAUUGCUGGGGACUGGAGAAGAAUGGAAAUUUAGGAACUUUAUAUGCCGUGAAAUUUUCACUUUGGCUCUUGUCACAAACUACUGUAGAUUAUUAUUUAAUUGAAGAUUUAUAAUGUUGGACUCAAAGAUGAAGGAUGUGUGUCGCAUCUGUGCAAGAGAGCUGUAUGGGAACCAGCGGCGAUGGAUCUUCCACCCAACGGCCAAGCUGAGUCUGCAGGUGCUGCUGUCCCACGCAUUGGGCAGGGAAAUGACCCGAGAUGGCAGGGGAGAGUUUGCUUGCAGCAAGUGUGCCUUCAUGCUGGACCGAAUGUACCGCUUCGAUACUGUGAUCGCCAGGGUGGAGGCAUUGUCCAUUGAACGGAUGCAGAAGCUCUUGUUGGAGAAAGACAGGCUCAGGCAGUGCAUUGGUGGACUCUACCGCAAAAACAAUGCAGAUGACUCUGGAGUGGAUAGCGGUGCUGCAGACUCUUCUGUAUUUGACUUCUCUAGGAUAGCUGAAGCUGAAUACAACGCUCUAUUGCAGGAUGAUCUGGCAUACUCUGUUUAUGAGUCCUGGGCUGAGCAUGGCAGCACUCAGGAGCAGGUUCAAGACCAUCAAUGCCUUGUUCAUCAGUGCCAUGUGGCAGCAGAUGGCACUGUAGGUCCCCGUCCCAGGAAGUGCAAAGGGUGUGCUGCACUGCGAGUGGCAGAUUCAGAUUACGAGGCUGUCUGCAAGGUUCCCAGGAAAGUGGGUCGGAGCACUUCCUGCGGGCCCACCACACGUUACUCCAAUAGUGUUCAGGACAGCGCUGAAGAAACCAUCCCAUCCACUCCUCCACCAGACACGGAACCUGACAAAAACAAUCAAUCUCGCCAACCCAGUGAUUCAGUCUUUGUGAGUCCUGCCUCCUCUGUGGAGUCUUUGGACACUGCUGUUGAUGUCACCCAAGAAUCUUAUCCAAAAACCCAUCCUAACACCGUGCAGGGAGAGUCUGAAGAGGAACAAUCUGCCAUCAAGAUGCCUAGUUAUGUUUGUGGAAUUGAUAUGGCCCUCAGCUUGCUUAAAAGCUUUGAAUAUCACCCUCUUCAGAGUCACAGAGGUAGUCGAAUUCCUGUGCUCCUCAAACCUAUCACUACACCAAUGGGGAGUUCUUACCCUCUGCUACAGGUGCCUCCCAUUGGGAUAGAGUGUCCUAUUUCUCCACAUCUUCCAGAUGCUCCUUCCAGUAUCCAGCAGGAGCUUCAGCUUGAGUUGGCAGAAAUGGAAGAGCUGUGGUUGGAUGAUUAUGUGCAGUGCAAGCCAUUGGGCCUUCAGAAGAGGUUGAUUGAGGAGCAGCAGUGUCAACUGGCAGAAUACGAGAACACAGCGGGCCAGUGUGUGAGCGAGCUGCAGACGGCCCGACAACAGGUCCAGUCUCUCCAGACCAAGAUCCGAGACAGCGAGGGCAGUAAUAAGAAGUUACAGCAGAGGCUUCGGGACAUGGAAAGUGAACUACGCUCUCUCAGAGAAGCAGCAUGUGGUCAGGAGAGAAGCAUACAGACCUUGACUGACUCACUCAACACUAAAGACUGUGAGAUUACUGAUCUCCGCCAGCUCAUUAAAGAGCAGAAGGAACUUCUACACUCUCUGACGCAACAGAACAACCAUUCCCAGCUUCAGCUGCAGCAGGUGUCUGGAGAGGCUCCGGGUCGUCUGCAGGCCGAUCUGCUGGACCUCCAGGGCUCUCUGUUCUCAGCCCAGUUGGAGCUGCAGUGCCUUCAAAGAGCACAGCAGCAUGGCCAGAGGCGAGAAGAAGACCUGGCUCAUGCAAACCAGCUCCUACAGGCUGACCUGCAGAGAGCCCUGCAACACCACCAGGAGGCAGAAAGGCACAACCAGGAUCUACAGGCUGCUCUAGAGAAGGCUCGCUUUGAGGUACAACAAAUGGAGGAGAAAUGGAGAGACGAAUGUAAACAGAGGGAGAAAGAGGUUAAGGAGAGAAAGAGGACUAUUCGGGAUCUGAAGACCUCACUAGAGCACAAAGAACGUCUGAUAGAAGACUACAGUGAGCCGGUGGAUAGUCAGAAAGAGCAUGCUGGGAGUAGAGACAACCUCAUCCACAAGCUAAAACAACGCAUUCAGGAAAGAGACCGAGUACUGGAGAGAGCGAUAGAUGAUAAGUUCACGUGCAUGGAACAGAAGGAAGACGAGGUGCGUAAACUGCAACUGCUGCUGAGAGAGAAAGAGAGAGACCUGGAGAAACUUCAGUGUGUGCUGUCCAACAAUGAAGAAACAAUCAUGAGUCUGGAGUUGCUGCUUCGUGGGAAAGGUUUAGAGCUGGAGCAAGUUUGUCAGGCCUGGCACAAUGCUCAGAGCAUUCAGCGUGAGAAAGAAGAGUCACACAUGCGCAGCCUGAGAGAAAGGGACACUUUAAUCAGUCAGCUGCAGACAUCACUGCACACACACACCAAAGAGGCGAAGGACAUGACUGCGGUCCUUCUCAGUAAAGUGUCAGUCGGGUCCAAUGAGGUGGCUGAGGAGCUGAAUUCUCGGCUUCAGCUCAAGGAACAUUUGUUCCAGGAGCUGCUGUCGGACCGCAGCAGACAGACUCAAGAGCAUCACUCACAAAUCCAAGACCUGCUCAACACCAUCAAUGCGAGAGAGCAGUACAUCAGGGAUUCUGCGGGGCGUGUGGGUCAGGUGAUAGCCGAACAGACCGCUCGAUUGCAGGAGCUACGUAGGCAACUUCGAUCGGCUAGCCCACAGUCAACUGAAGCAGACACACAAACUCUUCAGGAUGAGCUCCGACUGACUCUCCGCAGAGAAAGAGAGGCCCAGAACCAGCUUACUGCCCUGCAUGUCACCCUGGCAUCCCACCAGGACCAACUCAAGACCCAGGCCUCAGAUAUAGAGGCUUUGAGCAGGACUUUGAGCAUCAAAGAGGAAAUCAUCAAGGACUUGCAGAUGCAGUUGGUGGAUCCGUCAGAUUUACCACUAGUAGAGCAACUGACCCAAGAUGUACAGAUGCUGAGGGAGAAGGUGGAACAUCAGGACCCUGCCUGCAGUAAUCACACGCAGGCUAUAUUGGAUCCACUGGUGUCCAUGGAAACAGGUCAUGGGGCUAAAUCUAAUGCUGACUUUGGAGGAUUUAUAUCAGAUGAUGGAGAGGAGGAUGAUGAAGACUGCAAUAGUGAGUUUGCAGACUGUGCCAUAGACGAGGAGUGCUCCAAAUUGACGGCUCGGGCUUUGGGCAGUGUACAGGUACAUUACAACAUGUUGAAAGCAUUAUAGUACUGCAUCACAUCUGAAAUAUUUUGCAUUUAUAUCAAGCUGCUGGUGGAGCAGAAGAGGGCAGUAGAGAGAGAACUGAUGGAGCUCAAGUCCCAGCGUGUGUGUGUCAGGUUCUCCUAAAACAGGAAAGUUUUCUUUACUCUACGCUCUGAAAAUGAAGAGCUCAAGAUUAUGGUGACAGGAAGAAGGCCUCAGAAUGAUGGACAGAAGAGCAUGUCAGAUGGACAGUCCGACGGACAGCUGGUGGAUGCAGUUGGUGUAGAGCCCAAUGAAAGGGAUCCAGUGUGUGACAAGACAGUGCGACUGAAGUCUGAUGAGCAGGUCCAGCAGGAGAGCAGAGAGCUUCAGGAGAGACUCGUGGUGUCAGAAGAACUGCUCACAGAAACAUCAGUACAGCAGGACAAUAAGCAGGUCCAGGUGGACAUCCAGGAUCUGGGGUACGAGAUGACUGCAGAGAGAGAAGAGACCAGCAGCCCAGAGUUUGAUGAUCUGGAGCUGUGCACAUCUCUCUCUUAUCAUGAUGGGGGCUCUCAGUGGUGGGGUGGUCCCAGUUAACUGAACUCUGGGAUGACUGAACAUGAUGUGACAUACCUGCAGCAGCUGGUAGAGGACCUGCAUGGUCAGCUCUCCCAAUCUCAGGCUCUGAUCCGUAGCCUGAAGACGCAAACACGCGAUCACACUCCAGUCAGCUCUCUUCGUAAGGUCAGCUGGGGCCUGGAUAACUCUGAGGCACAGAGUACAGCUGAGGAGGACGAGGGCUGGCUGUCGUCUGAUGGCUUCGAGUCUCUCCUCCGCCAGCCCAAGCAAGACCGAGAGUUGCAGGAGCUCGUCUCCCGUGUGACAUCACUGGAGGAGCAGCUCAAGAAGGGCAAAGGUCAUUCAGAAGAUGGCAAAGCUGUGAAUCGGCUGGGUAAGUUUGACACGCUGAUCCAAGCACAGGCCCGUGAGCUGUCUCACCUGCUUCAGAGGAUGCGGGAGGGCCGUGGCGUGUGCCAUAUUCUGACUCAGACCCUGGGAGACACCACCAAGACCUUUGAAGAGCAGCUGCGCUCUAAUGACAUUGAUUACAACAUGGGACAGAGCUUCAGAGACCAGCUCUCCCAGAGCAUCUCACUCGCUCAGAGAGUCAGCACCAAGAUCAGCGGCCGGGAUCACUCUGAAGUCCCAGAUAACAAGUCAGGUCACGAGCUGCUUGCAAUACGGCAAAGUAAGGAGCUACAACAGAAGGACAAGCUCAUUGAGUCACUACGCUCCAAACUUGACCAGCAACAACCACGAUUGGAUACGUCUACUAGCAGUCAUGCCCUCUCUGUGGCUACAGACCAGUCAGACAGGACCUCUUUUGUGUCAGAUGGUCAUGGCUCAACCAAUGAGGAUCUAGAGCUGUGCUCCAAGCUAGACGCUGCAAGCAAAUAUGGCCAGGAGGAAGCAGCGAGAAUUGCAACAGACUCGUGCGAUCAUAGAGGCCCAGCAUCAUUACAUCCAUCCAAACCUCCAUCUAUCACUUCAUCACACAGCCACCAGUCCUUCAUAACCUCUCCCAGCAUGCACUGCACACCACGUAGGCCAAUGGAAACCCAAGCACAGACAGUAGGCUACCAUGGUCCUCAGAUCAAACCCCUUCCUGCAUUUCCAUUGGUCUCCCAUACUCAGCCUGACCAUAAUAGCAUACACCCACUAUCCCAUCAUGCCUAUGAGCAGUCACCUUUAAGACCAGGCACGUAUGGAGACGUGUCCUCUGGUUCCUCUGGGUAUCAGUCAGGCCAUACAGGUGCAGAAUUGAUGGAAGAACACUUAAGGGAGAUUCGCACACUCCGGCGGCGUCUAGAAGACUCUAUCCAGACCAAUGACCGUCUGAGACAACAGCUGGAGGAGAGAUUGGCCUCCUCUGGCCGAAAUGGAGCAGGUGGAGCGCCCACUAACAUCUAUAUCCAAGGUCUUGAUUCUGCCAGUCAGCUGUCCAAUGAGAUUCGAUCUCUGAAAGAGGAAAAUGAUGCCUUGCAGAACCAACUCCAGCAGGCCAGGACAGAAGGAAGUAAAGAGAUGGAGCGGCUGAGAGAGGCGGUUCUGUCUGGGCGUGGCCAGUUAAAGCAGGCGGAGCUAGAAGCCGACAGAUGGGCGGAUCAGUGCAGACGGCUGCAGGCUCAGGCAGUACUGCAGCUCAAACAAGAGAAACAGAACAGCCUGGACAACAGCGCCAGGUUACAGCAUGAAGUGAAUGUUCUCCAGCAGCAGCUGAAUGAGUGUGAAUGUCUAGUGCACACGCUGCAGUGUGAACUACAGGUGUAUCAGAGAGUCUGUGGCUGUACUGAGAGCAGCACGGGCUCAGGAUUGAGUUUGAACUUUGACCUACGGGAGCGAGAGUCUAACAUACAUUUGUUGACGCAGCAGUUGAGAGAGAGGCUGGACCAGAGUAUUCCCUGUCCCUCAGCCAGGAAACAGCUCUUUCUCGACCAAUCACCAUCUCCUCCUGUUCGAGAUACAGGGUUCUUCAGCCCUGCUUCACCAGCUGUGGAACCAGAUGACCCAAAGUCUUCUGUUAGUGACUCAUCUAAGUCUGGUGCUGAAGCUCUUGAGGUUGAGGCCCCUGACAGCUCCUUCGGCUGCAUGACUGGGCUUCACAUGAUUGCUCACGUGGAUGACUUCAGUGCCCUUCAGAAGCAACUACUGGAAGGGAAGGCUGUUAUCCGCAACAUGGAGCAGGCAAUGCAGUCCAGCACAGGAUCACCAAAACUACCAGAGGGUUAUAUGAAGAACUUGCACACCGGCACUAAAACACUGAAGCAGAUUCUGGAGGAGACAAGCUCUCUCUUAAGAAUAUUCUGGAAGGCGUCUCUGCCCUGCACUGAGACCACGGCCCAGCAGCUCAGAAAGGAGCAGUCUUUGAGAAAAGAGGUUUUCACUCUGAGGCGCAAGUUGUCUGAUCAAGAGCAGCUGCUCAGGGACACGAUGGAGAAUCUGAGGACCUCCAGUCGCACUAAAGACAGCAUGGAGCAAUUCAUCGUCAAUCAAUUGUCAAGAACACGUGAUGUGUUGAAACAAGCUCGCUCAAAUCUAGAGAAGAAUGAACUCAAGAUUACCUCUCUAGGCUGCACCCCUCUCCCUUCAUCCUUCCGUUCGCUCUCAUCCACUCCUUCCUGGUCUGAUAGAGGUGAGGUCUCAAGAGCCUCCCUCCAACAUGCCUCCUCUCUUGGUUGGAAUUUUGUGACCCCUCAUGCUCAGGAUCAGUGGAGUGACAGACAGGUGCCCUGCAGAACAGACUCCAGACUGAGUCCUGCUGUCUCUCUCUCUCUGAGGGAAUCAGAGUCGUAUUAAUUUACCCUAAGAUGCAUUAGUUGUCCAUGGAUCAUGUGUAGAUCUAUCAUUCUAGAUCUAUCAGUUAGCUUUAUUUAUUAUAUAAGAACCACCAAAAAGCUCUCAAAGUUCCAUUUGAUAAGAUUAGUAUUCUAGAUGUUUGGAUUAUCAAUCAUGUCUCCAACCAAAGUAACAUCUCAUGGGUUUGUGUUUGGUGUUAGGGUUUAUAAUGAACCAGCAACACAAUUCAUGUGUAAUUAUAAUACUACUGUGCUACCAGCCAGACCUGCUACACUGUAAAUGAAAGUCACCCCAAGGACGAGCUGAAGACCGAUGGUGCAAUAAUAUUUCAAUAAGCCUGCUGCUGUAGUCUUGACAUUGGAAUAUAAGACAUGUUUGUUUUGUGUUAUUGCCAAAGUUUGAGUCUGUUGCUUUUAAUGAACUAACCCUCUGCUGUGUUUUGUUCUAUUAAACCUGUAGUAGAGUC